UUUGACAGAAUAGGCCUCUUGCAAUCGGAAGAUUAGGGUUCUUUUUAAAGCAGCUUUUGUAUUUGUGAGGACUUACUCCAGUUAGCUAACGGCUUUUGUUCUAAUAGAAAGAAAAAGAAUGGCAGCUAUUCAGCAAAGUGUUUCUACUUCAAUCUCUUCAUCAACUUCUACUUUCUUGGGUCAGAACAAAUUCCGUUUAAGGAGCCAGAAUGUGUCAAUGCCAGGCAAAACCGGUGGUAUUGUCAGAUGUGUUGCAACACCUUCUACGGAAACUUCUUACAAGACAAAGGUCUCUCGCAAUGAGAAUUUAGCUAAACUUCAAGCUGGUUAUCUGUUUCCUGAGAUCGCAAGAAGGAGAUCUGCACACAUGUCGAAACACCCUGAUGCUCAAAUUAUAAGCCUUGGGAUUGGUGACACUACUGAGCCCAUUCCUGAAUUCAUAACUUCUGCCAUGGCAAAGAGAGCACAUGAACUGUCAACAUUAAAGGGUUACAGUGGUUAUGGUGCUGAGCAAGGAGAAAAACAACUCAGAGCCUCCAUUGCUUCUACCUAUUAUGCAAAUGUUGGAAUAGAGGAAGAUGAGAUCUUCGUUUCUGAUGGUGCCAAAAGUGAUAUAUCUCGACUUCAGGUUCUUUUUGGGUCUAAUGUGACUAUGGCUGUGCAAGAUCCAUCAUAUCCGGCUUAUGUGGAUUCAAGUGUUAUUAUGGGCCAAACUGGUCAGUUUCAGAAGGAUGUGGAGAAGUAUGGGAAUAUUGCAUACAUGAGAUGUACUCCAGAAAAUGGGUUCUUUCCUGAUUUAUCCAGCGUUCCUCGGACAGACAUUAUAUUUUUCUGUUCACCUAAUAAUCCAACUGGUUCGGCAGCAUCAAGGGAGCAGCUGACCAAAUUGGUGCAAUUUGCUAAAGACAAUGGCUCAGUCCUUAUUUAUGAUUCUGCAUAUGCUAUGUAUAUAUGUGAUGACAGUCCAAAGUCCAUCUUUGAGAUUCCUGGAGCAAAAGAGGUUGCCAUUGAGGUUUCAUCGUUUUCAAAGUAUGCUGGUUUCACUGGAGUUCGUUUAGGUUGGACUGCAAUUCCCAAAGCACUCCUAUAUUCUGAUGGAUUUCCUGUAGCAAAAGACUUCAAUCGCAUCGUUUGUACAAGCUUCAAUGGUGCAUCCAACAUUGCUCAAGCUGGCGGUAGGGCUUGCCUUUCACCUGAUGGUUUCAAGGCCAUGAUGGACGUGGUUGGGUACUAUAAAGAGAACACAGAAAUCAUAAUGGAGACAUUUAAGUCACUAGGUUACAAGGUGUAUGGAGGUAAAAAUGCACCCUACGUGUGGGUGCACUUCCCUGGACGAAGCUCAUGGGAGGUUUUCAGCGAGAUACUUGAGAAGACUCACGUUGUUACUACUCCAGGGAGUGGUUUUGGACCUGGUGGUGAAGGUUUUGUCAGAGUAAGUGCUUUUGGGCACAGGGAGAACGUCGUAGAAGCUUGCAGAAGAUUCAAGGAAUUGUAUAAGUGAAGUUAAUUCGUUCGCCUGCAUAUCUAUGUAAAAUAUGCAGGCAGCACUUAUUGCCUUUCAGAGGCUUCAUUGAAAUGCUGUUUCUUGAGUGCUUAACAUUUUCAUCCUGUAUGCAAAUUGUUGUUUGGAAGAAUAAAGCGUAUUCCGUGAUU